AUGAAGAGGGGGUCGGAUAGGUUGAGGAGAUUGGUGCCGGGGGUGAAGAAGGAGAAGAAAGAGGAAUGGAGGGUGUUGGAUAGGAUUACGGGGUUUCAGACGAUUGAUACAAGACCUAUUGAUAAACAACUGUAUGUUCCAAAGGAAUGGUAUAAAAACGAAGCGACUGCUGACAUAGGGAGACUUACCAAGCCAAAAGAUAUAGACGGUCUGAUCAGUAAUAUACAAUAA